AUGGCCAGACUCAACGAAGCUCCUCUGCCAACAGAGAGCGUUGAUGCUCUAAAGCGCCGCUUCGUACGACAAAACCGCGAGCUCGCCAAGUAUGCGCCUGACCUUGCAAUUCUCUUCGCAUCCUUUGAUCUAACCAGUUGGUGCUUAGGANACAACUCAGCGCAAUGUCUGCGUAUUCGCGCUCUCGAAUGCGAAGUCUCACGUCUGCUCGCUGAGAACCUCGACCUUCGCGAGGAAAUCGUACAUCUUCAAGCCCAGCUAUCCGAACCUCGCUCCCACAUAGACAACUCUGCCCUCGUCUCAGUAAAAGAUCAACUACAGGCUAAGCUGCUCGAAUUUGGUGCUCUCGUCUCGGAGCUGGGCCAGAUACAAACCAACCAUCCCUCGGUUCCUCAAGACAAAUCUUACGACACUUCUUCAUGGCGGCCCGACGUCCCUGCUGCCAUUCUAUCUGGUCAAGCCCCGAGAAUGGACGGCAUCGCUGAAGAAGCAUCCUCCCCUGGUGGCUCUCUGCGCCACACAAACGCCGUCCGUCUCUCCAACCAUAGCAAUCCCUCCCNNCCUGAUAUUGGUCCACCUCCAAUUGUGCACUUCGACAAUGAGGAUCCUAUAAAGUUCGAUCCUCUAUCUGCCGAGUCCAACCAGCACGACUACACUGAGCAGGACGAGCAACCCACAUCCGACCACGAGUCACUGCCAGACUUGUCAGUCAAUCUAGAGACGAGAAGAAAGCGCAAAGACUCCAAAGUACAGCUUCGCCGGAGCUCAUUGCUUCCACCCAACCUCGAUGAUGAUGAACAACCACAACUCACACGAACGAGCGCUAAGAGAAAGCUCAGUAUGCGCGAUGUUGAAGAUGAGGUUGAGAAACGUAUUGUGAAAGACGAUUUCAAGUUCAGCAGAAGAUCCUCCCUGGCCCCCGACUUUACGAACACCGAGCCAAUGGCAAUGUCCACGGAUAAUUUGGAUGAGAUGGAAACGCCAGCUCUGUUGCCUGAGCGCAAGGUUUUGGGCAAUAAGAGCGUCAAUGUUUCCCCACGGAAGCUAUCGAGGAACGCCAAAGGAAAAGGAGAUGUGGAAAAGGCAGACGCUCCACUCAAGCCUGCUGUCAAGGCGACGGACCGCAGGAAAUUAAAGAACCCAUCUGCCAAAUCAGUCACAAUUGCGACAAGCGAGCCAGAGACGAUCAUGAGAACAAUCGAGCUUGCUUUACCAUCAGAACUACCUGUCGAAGAGAUGGAGGAUCUGGCGCCCAAAACACCACUACCCGAAUUCUUCUCACCGACGCCAUCGGAACCUUCGACGGCAAGAGACGAAGGAAGAGACACACCACCACCAUCAGGAUUGAAGUCGAUGAGCUCAGGACCAGCUGCUCUCAAUGGCGCUAGUAGGCCUUCGCGACGAGCCAGAGCAGCCGUCAAUUACGCAGAACCGAACCUGGUGAGCAAGAUGCGCCGACCCACAGCAGCCAAAGCAGAUGCAGUGGAUGUGAAUGGUCGAAGGAUCAGCAGCAACAUUACAACAUCGGAAAAGAAGACGAUGAGAACAGUGAUGAUCAAGGGAGACGAUAUGCAUGGAUCGUUGACACGGGAUAUGGGCUCUGAAGCACCGAGUCCGCUGGGUCAAAAGGUUGACAGGGAGCAUGAACGAACAUUCGAAGCAACCAAGGUUCCUUCAGCAUCUGGCAGAGCUAUUUCAGCAUUGAUGGCAGGAUCCAAGAAGCAAAGGGAAAGCGGUGAGGAUGCAGCAUUGUACGAGCUGAAGGACUCAUCAGAUGUGGAAGAGAAUGCAGCAAGCAGGAAGAGAAACAGCAGACGACACUCUUCAAUGACGGAUAGCAGCGAGCGAUCAAGCAAUGGCGCAGAAGUGGUAGUGGAAGCAGAAGAGAAGCAAGAGGAGGCAGAAGUUCGAAAGGCACCUCGGUCAGCACGAGUAGACCGCAGUGGAGCACGCAGACGCAGCAUGAUGGUCUAA